AUGUACUUUUUCGGCGGGAACGCGUCGCAUCGGCACGUGCAGCACUCGACCAAGAUCCUGCGGCAGCUCUUCGACGCGCGCCAGCACUGGCGCGAAGCCCGCAUCCAGCAGGCGCUCACGUACCCUGAGUACAUGGUCCAAAUAACGUCCAAGAUGAUGCGUUUGAGCGGCAACAUCUGCAUGCAGUGCGGUCGGCGCACGCACGUGGCCGGCGACGUGCUCUGCCUCGUCGAGACGGCACCGCGCCACCACCCGGCAGUCGACCACGUGGGCGACAAGGCCCACAUUGGCAACCGCAUCGAGGCGCUCGGUGGCGGCGACGACGAGCACGGAGCCUCGAACGGCACGCGGUCCUAA